CUCUCUCUCUCUCUCUCUCCAGUCCUCCUUUUUUGUUCGGUCUGUAGUGUUCUGUAGACUCAGCAAUAUGCAGUAGCAGAGAUGCACACAUCUGGAUUAGACCUCAAGAUCUGCUAAGAGAGAGAGUGUGAGUGUGAGACUGUGAACACAAGAGACCUCUCUGUGCUCGGACAGCAUGGUGCAACGCUUCAGCCUCCGUAGACAGUUCUCAAAGAUCGAGAGGUUGGAGGGCAGUCUGGCUCAGGCAGCAUUCUGCAAUGUGGACGGCUCACAGGCGGGCUCUGAGGAUUUGCCGCUCGACCCACAGCGCACGCGGCAGGCCAUAGCACAGCUCCAGCAGAAGAUCCUGAGGCUGACGGAGCAGCUGCGAAUCGAGCAGUCAGCAAGCGAUGAAAAUGUAGCUGAGUACCUCAAGCUCGCCAACAACACCAACGACAAGCAGCAGAGUUUCCGGAUUAAACAGGUCUUCGAGAAGAAAAACCAGAAGUCAGCGGCAACUAUCGCACAGUUGCAGCGCAAGCUGGAGCACUACCGGCGCCGGCUCCGUGAGGCUGAACAAGGUGGCGAAACGACACGACAACACAAACGUGUGCUGCAUGAUGUUCAGCAGGGGAUACGUGAUGUGGGUGCAAGGGUUAUCACAGGCCUCAACGAUGGCGUGGUGAACAGUGUGCGAGGAGGCCUGUCCACCUUCUCACAAGCUACACACACAGCGGCUGGUGCGGUGGCCUCCAAGCCACGUGAGAUUGCCUUGCGUCUGCGCAACCGCUUCGGAAGCACCGACAACAUUAGCGUGCUGAAGGAUAGAGAAGAUACUAAUGGUGCCACCACCAGCGGGCAAUUGCAGGGCAGCCCACGGUUUGGCAGUGAGGAAGACUGCUCGAGUGCUACAUCAGGAUCAGCCGGUGCCAACAGCGUGACAGGGGGAGUCGGCGGGCCACCAAGCUCUAAGGAGAACACGCUGGAGCGGGGAAGUUGUACGGGCAUGGAGAUGCUGAUACAGGAGGUACAGGAGCUUAGGGAGGUUCAGGUUCGUCUGGAGGAAGCCAUGCGGGAGUUGAGGGUCCACUACCAGCGGGACUUCACACUGUGCUUGCAGACACAGCAGGAGGAGCGAUUCAGGACUGAGCGGCUGGAGGAGCAACUGAACGACCUGACAGAGCUUCACCAGAAUGAGAUUCUGAACCUGAAACAGGAGCUGGCCAGCAUGGAAGAGAAAAUGGCUUAUCAGUCCAACGAGAGAGCACGAGACAUACAGGAGGCGCUAGAAGCCUGUCAGUCACGCAUCUCAAAUAUGGAGCUGCAGCAGCAGCAGCAGCUGCAAGUGGUUCAGCUCGAAGGCCUGGAGAACGCCCUGACCCGCAAGUUUGUCAACGUCUUGCUCGCCCUCAUGGCAGUCGUCCUGGUAUUCGUGUCCACCGUUUGUAACUGCAUAUUGCCCCUGAUAAAAACACGCAGCCGCACCAUCUCCACGCUCCUCCUCAUCCUGCUCUUCACCUUUCUCUGGAAGAACUGGGACACACUCUCAGGACACACACUUCAAUUUCUGCAUGAUGACAACAUUAAACGCUGAUGCUGCUGAACUAUGCGCCAUGUUGCUUUGAACAUCAGGAAGCCACAGCCUACCGUCAAGCAUUAAAAUUCAGCUGUGAAUAUAAGACUUCCUUUUUUAAAGGAAAAGGUGUAUAUGUUUACAUUUUGGAAGUAUGAAUUAAUUAAAAGUCCACCUUUUCUUCCAGCACCUCUUUAAUAAGGAUGUUGUAAUAAAAAACAAACGUUAUUCCAUCGAUUUAUAACAAAUUUUGUUUUAUAUCAUAAUCAGUUGUAUGUAGCAUCAAAGUCCUAGUACUGAAGCAGGUCAUGGGAAUUUAUUUAGAUGUUGCACUCAAACGUUCCUCCGUAUCUCUGCCUGUGUGUUUUUUUUAAUAAACCUUACUGGCUGCCUUUAAGGGAGGAGUGUAUGCACUUUGAGCUGUUUUUAGUAGUGUUAGCCUACACUGCCAUCACUUUGUUCACUGCACUGGAUUUAACAUUGAAGGAGAAAUCUGAAUGGACUGAUGGACAUACUUGAAGAAAGUGGUACUUUAGGGACCUUCUGUGCUUCCAUAUUGUUUCUGUUAGCAAUGUAUUACCACUUUCAGGACUUUUAUAUUAUAUGAAUGAUAAAUAAUGAAUGAGUAUGUUGUUAACCUUGGCACUGUUGUUGUGAUCGGAGCCUGUUUACUGUAUGAUAUGAAAAGCAAAAUGUCUUUAUAUGAAAUGGACUCAGAUUUCUGUUCUAUUCCUGCUGAGUAUUACACAUCAUCGAUCAGGCUAUCAGCAGUCAAAAGGUUUUUAUUAGCUUGUUGCACUGGUGAAAAUUCAGGGCUGUAAACCUUUUCUAAAAAGAAAGGGGAAGGUUACUACAUCUAGUACUGAGUCAUAUCAGUGUGUGAUUGGUGUUUGACAUUUAUCACAUCAAGCUAAUACAUAUGUCAGUCAAACAAAGUAAUAUUAGAUUUGCGAAAGCUGCCAUUUUCCUGAAAAUGCUAUUUAGGCAUUUGAAGGUGAGGACAGAAAAUCAGACUGUCAUCUGUAACAUCUCAAACAACAAAAUUAAUAUAAAGAACAUUCUCUAACAAUACAGCUAUAUUUAAAAUGCGUGUUUUACCCAAUCCCUGUGGGAUAUAUAUAUGAGACGGUGUUCUUUUCCAUGUGAGCAUUACCAAGCUAUUAACGUUGUUACUGUACUUAAAUAUCUUUUAUAGCAUUCACUACAAGUGUAACACAUGACUUGUCCAAUUAAGCCAUGGAUAAUUGGUUUAGUUACUUAAAUAAUAAAUCAGAUUAAUUAUAUAGUAAAUAAUUCUUCGAAUUCCUCUUAGGUGACCCAGGUGGACAGGCUCGAGGUCCCUACACUGCAAGAUUGUUUAACCUUGACCCUGAAAAUGUGUGAAACAGCCGGAGGUGUGUGUGUGCGUGUGGGUAGGUGGGUGUGCAUGCUAAGCAACUUCAGUGCCUUCUGAUGUCUAUGCCUGUAAUAAAAAGCAUUCCUGCCUAGACAAAGA